UGUAUAUUAUGAUAAUACUAUAAAUAUUUCCGCAGUUGCUCUGUCGUGUUCGGUCUAAUGUAGUGACGGCGUUUGUAAAAUACACUUAUUUAUGUUGGGACUUGCGAAUAUAAAAUUAGUGGUUUGAGAGAGAGAAAAAAAUUUAGAAAAAUGAUGAUACGAAGACUCACAAUUGCAAUAGCUGUUUGCUUCUGUUUGGGUGUCGAUGCGUACAAGAUACUGACAGUGUUUCCUGUGCCGGGAAGAAGCCAUGGAAUCCUUGGAGAUGCUGUAGUCAGACAUCUAUUGGAAGCUGGCCACGAGGUGACACACAUAACGCCGUUUCCGAAGAAGGAGCCGCCGCCGAAUUUGGUUCAAAUAGACGUUGCGGCAAACAAGGCGGCGUUUAAUGAGGACUACAUAGAUAUAAAGGCCUUGAUGACAAAGGAAUUUAACCUUAAAGACAAGAAUGUACUAUUUUCAUUGAUGAACAACAUAAGCAGCUCCACUAUUCUGAACGAGAAUGUUCAGAGGCUACUGAGGGAUCAGAGUCGUGAGCAGUUCGACGUGAUCAUAGCCGAAUGGAUGUUCAGUGAUCUAUACGCUUCAUUCCACGCAGUUCUGGAUUGCCCUUUGAUUUGGUUCUCAACGAUCGAACCUCAUUGGAUGGUUCUCAGAUUGAUCGAUGAAUAUCCAAACCCAGCGUACACCUCACACUUUCAGGACAGCUUCGAAGUACCAUUUACGUUCGUGGAAAGGAUGUCUGUACUAUCAUCACAACUUACGUGGAGCUUAAGUUUAAAUACGUGGGUAUACGAUCUUGAAAAGUAUAUAUACGACAACAAUAUUGCUCCUAUAAUAAAAAAGAACGGUAAACCAGUACCUAACUAUGACGAAGUGAGAUACAAUGGAUCUUUACUGCUCGGUAAUUCUCAUGUCUCGUUGGGAGAUGCGAUUAAGGUACCGAUUAAUUACAAAGCCAUUGGUGGUUAUCAUAUUGAUGGAAAAGUAAAAGAAUUGCCACCGGAUCUACAAAAAAUAAUGAACGAAUCAAAACACGGCGUCAUUUACUUCAGUAUGGGCUCGAAUUUGAAGAGCAAAGAUCUACCGAAGGAGAUUAAAGAGGGACUACUGAAAAUGUUUAGCCAAUUAAAACAGACGGUUUUAUGGAAGUUUGAGGAAAACUUAUCACCUUUACCGGAAAACGUUCAUUUAUUGAAAUGGGCACCUCAACAGAGUAUCCUGGCACACCCGAACUGCAUUCUUUUCAUAACUCACGGAGGUCUUCUAUCGACAACAGAGGCUGUACAUUUUGGUAAGCCCAUCAUCGGCAUACCGGUCUUUGCCGAUCAGUUUGGUAACGUCAACAGAGCAGUCCAGAAAGGUAUUGCGAGGAGAGUGGAUUUAUCGUUCACGAUGGUCCGUGAUCUGGAGGAAGCUGUUGCGGAAAUGAUCAAUAAUUCUAGGUACAUAGAAAAAAUAAAGGAGUUAUCUUUGAUAUAUCACGAUCGUCCGGUGUCUCCGGGUGCUGAGCUGGUCCACUGGGUGGAGCACGUCGUCAAGACUAAAGGAGCUCUCCAUCUGCGAUCACCAGCACUGCACGUGCCUUUCUACCAGAAGCUGUACUUAGAUCUGCUCGCUAUUGUUCUGGUCACGUCAAUCGUUUUGAGAUUUAUCUUUAAGAAUAUUCACUGUAACGUACAAUUUAAAGAUAAAAUUCAGUGAUAGUGAUAUUAUUGUAUAGGUUUUGUAUUUUUGUUGGUAGAUGUCGCAAAACCUUGCAGAUAUAUUGUUUUAUUUGUUCGUAUUUAUUUAUUCAGGUGUUAGAGGUUAGCUGCACUUUCAAAAAUAAAUUUUAUUACAUCAUAUUUUAAUUAAAGUGAUACACGUACGGACGCAGACAGUAAAUUUACAAUGAAUAUUAAAUUAUUAAUAAGUUUAUUCUCGUUUGUAUUAACAUGUGAUUGUUAUAAAAUUUUGAUUGUAUUUACGACUCCUAUGAAAAGUCAUAAUAUACUUGGAGAGGCUGCAGCGGAGUUAUUGUUGAAUGCUGGCCACGAGGUGAGUUUUAUAAUAUACUAGCGACCCGCCCUCGCUUCGCUUCGGAAACAUUAAAACAAACAUGAAACCAAAAAAAAAAAAAUUAAAAAAAAAAGUAGCCUAUGUUCAUCAGGGACAAUGUCGGCUUCUAAUGGAAAAAUAAUUUUUCAAAUCGGUCCAGUAGUUUCGGAGCCUAUUCGAAAAAAACAAACAAACAAAUCUUUCCUCUUCAUAAUAUUAGUAUAGAUAUAGAAGAGAUUAUUUUUUUAGGCUGUUACGAAAUAAUAAAUGACAAUAAAAAAAAAAAAAAACUGUUUUAUUAAAUGUCGCUAUUGCGGGCGACGAAAGUUUUGCGCCAUACUAACCAGAGAUAUAAAGUGAAAAUUUUUCCCAAAUUUUGUAACUUCUUGGCAAUACAAAAUGCCUUUGAAGAGUUUGUUGGCUCCUGGCUCCUGUACACCUGACUUCUUCAAGGAGGGCGUUAAAAAAAUAAGCACUGUCAGAGAAGCAUUGAUAUCAUUGGUUCAUAUUUUGAUUAUAAAAAAAAAAGUUUAACUUUUUGUAUACUACACGGCAACUUCAUAGGUAAAAAAACUAUUAUAUAGGUAGUUACGGUAAUUAAGGUAAAACUAAUUAAGGUAGAAAAAUAAAUGUUUUUUCUUUA